CAGCAGCAACAGCAGCGACCGGGAAAACACCAGGGGAGGCAGGACGGCAGGCGCAACAAGUGGCUGGCAGCAGUUUCCCGGGGCAGGCGGCGGAGCGGCGCUAAAGUGCAGCUGGAGCGCCAGUGCCGUCCGUGGGGCGGCAGAGCCUGCGCCCGGAGGCCGUCCCGCCCGUCCUGCUUGUGGAUUACAACUGGAGCCGCCUCCCCCAACGCUGACACCCGGGCUGGAAACCGGGGCGGGGAAGAGGCGUCUCGAUAAACCCCAUUUUAAAAGUUCUUUCUUUGCUUUUUAAAACAAUUUUUAAAUUAUUUUUGAAGAGGAGGGGAGGAGGGAGGGAGGGUGUCGACCCCCCGAGAAGAAAGAGGAGGAAGUCGCAAGGCUGCUUUGGGCAUGUCGCCGUGAAAACUCCCUGGAAUUCCCCCCUACCCCACGCCCACCCUCUCUGCUCCCCUCCAUCAUCUGCGGUCGCUCGGCACCCCGCGGUAGAGAUGCUGCGCGGCAGCGUGGGGAGGAGGCGGCGAGCAUGAAGUCGGCAGGAUGGGCGCGAACAAUGGCAAGCAGUACGGCAGCGAGGGCAAAGGCAGCUCAAGCAUCUCAUCCGACGUGAGUUCAAGUACAGAUCACACACCCACCAAAGCCCAGAAGAAUGCAGCUACCAGCGAAGACUCCGACCUGAGCAUGCGGACGCUCAGCACACCCAGUCCAGCACUAAUAUUUCCACCAAACUCCCCGGGCUUCCAGAAUGGCAGAGGGUCUUCAACAUCUUCAUCCUCAGUCACUGGGGAAACUGUUGCCAUGGUCCACUCGCCGCCGCCAACCCGACUCACUCAUCCUCUUAUCCGGCUGGCAUCCAAGCACCAGAAGGAGCAGGCCAACAUAGACCGGCUGCCUGACCACUCGGUGAUCCAGAUAUUCUCCUUCCUGCCUACCAACCAGCUGUGCCGCUGUGCCCACGUGUGCCGCCGCUGGUACAACCUUGCCUGGGACCCCCGCCUCUGGAGGACUAUUCGCCUGACCAGCGAGACAAUCAAUGUAGACAGGGCUCUGAAAGUGCUGACACGGAGGCUGUGUCAGGAUACACCCAACGUAUGUCUCAUGUUGGAGACAGUAAUUGUUAGUGGCUGCCGGCGGCUCACAGACAGAGGACUCUACACCAUUGCCCAGUGCUGUCCAGAACUGAGGAGGCUGGAGGUGUCUGGCUGUUACAACAUCUCCAACGAGGCAAUCUUCGAUGUCGUGUCACUGUGCCCAAACCUGGAACAUCUGGAUGUGUCAGGCUGCUCCAAGGUAACAUGCAUCAGUUUGACUCGUGAAGCCUCCAUCAAGCUGUCUCCCUUACACGGGAAGCAAAUCUCCAUUCGCUACUUGGACAUGACAGACUGCUUCGUCCUGGAGGACGAAGGACUGCACACCAUUGCCGCUCACUGCACUCAACUGACCCACCUGUACCUGCGCCGCUGCGUCCGCAUCACCGACGAGGGUCUCCGCUACCUGAUGAUUUACUGCACGUCCAUUAAGGAAUUGAGUGUGAGCGACUGUCGCUUUGUCAGUGACUUUGGCAUGCGGGAGAUUGCCAAGCUGGAGUCGCGUCUCCGAUACCUUAGCAUCGCUCACUGUGGCCGUAUCACGGAUGUGGGCAUCCGUUACAUCGCCAAGUACUGCAGCAAGCUGCGCUACCUCAACGCGCGGGGCUGCGAGGGCAUCACGGACCACGGCGUGGAGUACCUCGCCAAAAAUUGCACAAAACUCAAGUCGCUGGAUAUUGGCAAGUGCCCUCUGGUCUCAGACACCGGCCUGGAGUUCCUAGCCCUCAACUGCUUCAACCUGAAGCGCCUGAGCCUGAAAUCCUGUGAGAGCAUCACUGGGCAGGGCCUGCAGAUUGUAGCUGCCAACUGUUUUGACCUGCAGAUGUUGAACGUGCAGGACUGUGAUGUCUCUGUGGACGCUCUGCGAUUCGUUAAGCGGCAUUGCAAACGCUGUAUUAUAGAGCACACCAACCCUGCCUUCUUCUGAAAGGACGCCCUGCACCUAUCAUUACAAUGCAGUAUUAAAACCACUGAUGUAUAAACAUGUGCUCCCAUACUCAGUAGUGCUGUCUUUUCUAUAGCUCACAGGAGUCAGCUUUCCUUUUAUGUUGUGGGUGAAGUGGGUUUCUAGAGGACUGAUUUGUUUGCUUUCUGUAUGGUCACUUUUUAAGGUGCAGUAGGUCUCCAUGGAGAGGCUACCUUAAUGCAAAAGCAAUGAGUGCUCAA